AAACUUAAACAAAAAGUUUGUGUGUAUUUUUUAAACUGACGUUUGGUUGAGUGAACUCAUAUUAAUAUUUUUGUUUUUUAAAUAAAUAACAAACAUGGAAUUGGAUUCAGAUGAUGAUUAUAAACAGAUUGAUAUGGAAAAGAUGUGUAGGGCUUGUAUGGUAGAAACAGAAGAAAUGAAAUCGGUGUUUUUGACCGACUCCACUUUUGGAGAAUCUGUGCCUCGAAUAACAGAAAUGUUGAUGUCGUUUACAACAGUUCAGGUUGAUGAGAAUGAUGGAUUGCCAUCAAAAAUCUGUUUGCAAUGUGUUAAUCAAAUUAGUUCCGCUUAUACAUUUAAACAACGCUGUGAAGAAUCUGAUGCAACCUUUCGGAAAUUAGUUCAAAAGAAUAAUGCUCUUCAAGAGUCUUCAAUAAAAAAAGAGACACAAUCAACAACUAAUUCUGUAGAACAAUUUGAAGACUAUGCAGUAAAAUCUGAACUUAUGGACGAAGUUAAACAAUUUGAUGAUUUUUCAAACAAGUCUGAUGAUGAUGUUGAUGAUGAUGAUGAUGAUGAUGACGAAGAUUGGAAUGCCAGCAGCAAGACAAUAAAAGAUAAAACAGUGAGUUGUGAGCUAUGUGAGAAAACAUUUUCAAGCGAACGAUAUUUAAAACGUCAUGUAUCAGUUUCACAUGGAGAAUCAUCUCACGAAUGUAAAAACUGCUGUAAAACUUUCUCAAGAUCUGAAUUACUACAAAAGCAUAUGAAAAAGUGCAUUGACAAUGAUGCUGGAAAAGACUUUAUGGGAUUUAGGACAAAAAAUGCUCAAAAGUACGAAUGCUCUGAAUGUACAUUGAAAUUUGUUAGAGAAAAAAAUAUAUAUCGACAUAUAAAAUCUGCUCAUGAUGGAAAUGCUACAGUAAAAAUUGCUCCAGAAUUUGAACAAGAAAAUGACAGUGAUCAUGAUCUGACUGGUAAUGUUGAAGUGAAAAUUGAAGAGGCCCCAGGUGUAAUUAAUUUGGAUGAUAAAAAGUUUAAAUGCAAAGUAUGUGACAAAGAAUUUCCAAAACAAAAAUCAUAUGCAGCUCACAUGACCAAACAUAUAGACCCUAAUACAAGAGGGCAGAAAGAGUUUCCUUGUACUGUAUGUGAUAAAGUUUUCAAUAGAAGAAAAAAUUUAUCACAGCAUCUGUUGACCCAUGAUAAAACCAAAGCUAAUAAAUGUCAAUUGUGCCAUAGAACAUUUUCAAGACCAGAUCAACUUGCUUUGCAUAUGAAUAAUCAUACAGGAAUGAAGCGACAUGUUUGUCCACAUUGUAGUAAAGGAUUUAAUAUGUUAUCUACAUUAAAAGAUCAUCUCAGGACUCACAGUGGAGAAAAACCAUUUUUGUGUUCAAUUUGUGGUAAAGGUUUUAGUCAGAACACAAAUUUAAAACAGCAUGUCAUGCGUCACAAUCAAACGAAACCUUUUAAGUGUCCUACUUGUGGUUACAGUUUUGUUAGUAAAGGAGAAUUGGAUGCCCAUUUGCGCAAACACACCGGUGAUCAUCCAUUUGUUUGUGAUGUUUGUGGUACCGGAUUUACAACCUCAAGUUCAUUGGUUAAACACAAAAGAAUACAUUCUGGUGAGAAGCCAUAUGCUUGUGAGUUUUGUCCUAUGAGAUUUACAGCUCUGGGUACUUUGAAAAAUCAUCGUAGGACACACACAGGAGAGAAGCCUUAUGCAUGCACCUAUUGUGAAAGAGCUUUUGCUCAAAAGAGUGAUUUAGUCUCGCACACCCGCACUCAUACUGGUGAACGUCCUUAUGUUUGUAAUGUUUGUGGCCAUGCAUUCCAACAAUCCAGUGCUUUAAAGACUCAUAGUAAAAUGCACCAGACAAUACCGGUGCCUGCAAUACCAACUACUUUGCAUACCCCAGCUGUGGUAGCAGUUGUACCACAAUCUGCACAUGUUGUGCAGUUUAUGACUGCUAUGCAACAAAAUUGAAAUGAUAAUAAAGUAUUUUAGCCUUGAUGAUGCAAAUUGCAGAAUGAUACACAUUGUAUUGAAGUAUGUAUUACAUUUUAUUAUUGUGAAUGUACCUCAGUCUGUAAUACAUGUACAAUAUAUUUGUAUACAAACCGCUUCUCAAAAUAAUAGUUGAUAAAAUAUAUU